CCUGUCAUGAUGACAUCAUUUAGAUGGCUGGCAUUCGCUAGAAAUUGCCUAUUCAAUAAAGUGAAAAAAAGAGAAGAGGAGGGAGCACCCCUCUCAGAUGUCAAUUUGAACCAUGUGUUUUAUUAAUUUUAUUUCAUCCUAUAAUUACCCAAUUAAUCGAAACAAAAGUAAGUAAGCACACAAAUAUUAUAUGGCGCAGUCAUAUUUCGUUGUCUUCGCACCCUAAGGAGAAUUGAUAAAUAAUAAUACUUUGUAAAUUUGACUUAACCUCCAAAAUGAACGACCACAUUGUUCCAGUAACAGAACUGUGUUUUGAUGGUAAUAUGAGAGAUAAUUGGAGUUUUUUCGAACAAAAAUUUAAUAUAUUUUUGGAAGCCAGCAAGCUUAAUGAAGAGACCGAUAGUUUGCAAGGCAGCGUACUGUUGAAUCGAGUUGGAGAUCGGGCUCUUCGUAUUUAUAACAAUUUCGAGUGGUCUUCAGAUGAAAAGAAAACGUCUUGUAAAGCUAUUCUAAAAAAGUUUAAAGAGUACUUUACACCCUCAAAAAAUGUCACAUAUGAGCGAUACUUAUUUUUUACUCGAGACAAGAUGGGGUUAGAGACAUAUGACUCAUAUGUAACAGAACUGAGACAGCUUGCAAGUACCUGUGAAUUCGACACUCUAACUGACAGUUUAAUACGUGAUCGUCUAAUCCUUGGAAUCUCGGAUGUUUCGUUAAAGGAUAGAUUGUUACGAGAACAAGGUUUAACACUGAGCCGAGGAUUAGAAAUAUGCAGAGCUGCUGAGGUGGCAGCAAGACAGUUGAGCGUUAUUAGUGGGGCCAAUAGUAGUCAAUCAUUAGAAGUUCUAGAAAUACAAAAACAGAAAAAACAUCAAUCAAAUAGAAACCAGCAGCCGAAAUCUGCUCCUCAGUAUACAGCUGAUCCUGGUCAGUCUUACCGAAAUCAUCCCCAGACGUCAGGAAAUCAAAAGAUAAGUAACAAUUUUAUAAAAAACUGUUAUAAGUGUGGUUCUAAUCAUAGUUUAAACAAGUGUCCGGCUUAUGGAUUACGGUGUAAAAUUUGUAAUAAGUUUAACCAUUUUGCAAAAGUUUGUAAUGCUAAUAGUUAUAGAAACAGAGUCCAUAAUGUAAAUGUCCAUCAAAGUGAUACCGAUUCAGAUUCUGAUUUUUCGCCAGAUCAGUUUUUUCUAAAUAAUAUAAAUGAAAAGUCUUCAGAAAAGUGGUAUGAAGACUGUUUUAUAAAUAAUAAAAUAAUUGUAUCUUUUAGAUUAGACUCAGGAGCAGACUGUUGUGUUUUGCCAUACACUUAUUUUAAAAAAUUAAAUAUUCAAACUUCUGAACUUACUAGUAGCACCAAUAAAAUUACUGAUUAUAAUGAAAAAAUAAUAAAUACAGUAGGAAGUGUAUAUUUAAAAGUCAGGCAAUGCAAAAAUAAAGAAAAUAUAGCUAAAUUGAAAUUUUAUAUUGUUAAAACACAUAAUGAUGCAAUACUUGGCCUUGAUGCCUGUAUAAUGUUAAAUUUAAUUCAGAAAAAUAAUAUUAAUGUAAUAAAUGAUAAUUUACACAAUGAUAUUGAGAGUAUUAGUCAAAUAAUUCAUGAAUAUGAUGAUGCUUUUAGGGGUGUAGGAUGUUUGAAAGGUAAACAUACCAUAAAAAUUGAUGAGAAAGUAGCCCCCAGAGUCCAUCCACCUAGAAAGGUACCAUUUGCAAUGCAUGACAAACUGAUGGAGAAACUGAAGGAGCUGGAAAGACUUGAGAUAAUUAGAAAAGUGACAGAACCAACGGAUUGGCGAAUGUUGAAUUAUUAUCUUAGGAAGGGAGAUGUCAUGAUGACAUCAUUUAGAUGGCUGGCAUUCGCUAGAAAUUGCCUAUUCAAUAAAGUGAAAAAAAGAGAAGAGGAGGGAGCACCCCUCUCAGAUGUCAAUUUGAACCAUGUGUUUUAUUAAUUUUAUUUCAUCCUAUAAUUACCCAAUUAAUCGAAACAAAAGUAAGUAAGCACACAAAU